GUGUGACCCAGAUCCCUGUUAAGCUCGAUGAGGACAUUUACCAUGAGGUCAAAGCUGAAGAGUUUAUUGUUGACCACCCCACAGCCCUGAGUGGUUUAAAUGCUCAGACCACCACCGAGUCUGGAGUGGACGGAAAGGUUUCCCCACCAAAAACUGAAACACCCAAAACACCAGUGGUCAUUCAGUCAUCCCAACAGUUGUCCUUAGAUGUCACAGCUGAGGGCAGUGGUGGAUCCAUGGAGAGAAGUGGACACACUCACACUACACCUCUGAGUGUGUCUCAUACCCCCACAACGCAGCCUGGGAUGGACAGAUUCCCAGCAUUCCUAGUCUCUGAUCAACCAUUAACAGAUUUCCAAACAGAGGGCAGUGCUGACCCCACGUCCUCUACAAUGUUAUUGGAAGGAAGUGGGUUUUCUCCAUCAGCCACCACCAUCCAAACGUCACAGCAGACGUUCACAGAUUUCCUAGCAGAGGGCAGCGGCACCACAGAAUCUGCUACAAUAUCUGAGGGAGGAAGUAGACUCUCUCCAGCUACAACCACGAGCGUUUCACAUACUCAGAGCCCUGCCUCCACGACGGAGUCUGUAAGAGACAGUACAGCUGCUUCACCAACGUCCGAGCCAACAGAAGUAUCCACAAAGACUCGAGCUUUGGAGGAGCCUCUCCGAGAGAAAAAGAUUCAAUCUCGUCUAAUGCAGGAAAAUGUAUCCGAAAUGGAUAAACUCGCAAAUGGAGACGACUACAAAAAACCAGACAUGCACAAAGGCCACAUCACACCAGACUGGAUAAUCAUUGUUGCGUUCAUUGUUGCUCUUGCGGCGCUUGUGGCAGUUUGUGCAGCUAUUGCCACUAGAGACAAGUGGAACCAUCCAAACCAGGUGGCUGAAACCAAAACUCCCAUUUCAAACCAGAAGAGGGAGCUAGAGAUGCAGACCUUCCCCAUCCUGCUCAAAGAUGGGCCCAAGGAGAAUGGGAGUAACGGAGAGUACACGGUUAUCCCCCUGGAGGACAUCACUGAAAAGUUUCCAUCCGACUGAGGCUGAGAGACGCAGGCCGUGGAAAACUGAUGAGAGGAACAAACAUGAUGAACGGACUGCUGAGCAGAAGUUUGAUGUUAUUUAUUUCCUUGUGGACUUCCACAGUUCUUGUCUCGACAGAGAAUCGUGUUCUGCUUGCUCCAGCUUUCUUUCAUCAUUAUUUAGGGAACAUGAAAAGGUUUGUUUAUUUCGGCUCAUAGAUUUAUGGCAAAAUAGACCUUUUC